UCAUUUUUCCCAUCACAUAUAAAUUAAACAAUUUAGCGUUAAAAAAUUUAAUCCGCUUAAAAGCCAUAAAUAUGUGAGUUUUGUACACUAACCGUAUCAAAUAAAUGAUAGAGUGUAUAAAAGUAGCAAUAACGCAUAAAGCGCGUAUCGCGGGUACAUACUGUAUAUGUGUUUGUGUGUGUGCUCUUCUCUGAUGUUUGACAUUUGUCGAUGGCGCGGCUUGUUUACCAACAAAACCCAAAGGCGCUGCCGGUUCACAAUGGCCCGCUCCGCCGGUGCGCAAACGAUGCUAAGCGUUUGUCGAUUUUGUUUGUGCCAGGAGGAAGAUAGCUUAGUUCCCAUGGAUGAGGUACUAGCGUGCCUGCUUAUCCUUGAGGAUGUAGUGCGAUUCACGGGCAUUCAGAUUACUGAGAACAAUAAAGCAUCCUACGCGAUGUGCGUGAUGUGUACGGAUAAAUUGAAAGCGUCGAGCAUCUUCCGGAGCACCUGUCUGAGCAAUGAUGCUUACUUUAAUGAGAUAAGUGCUGCAUUGGCCGUUAGUGCUGAGGAAGCGCCCCGUGAAGCAACCAUCGAACCACCCGACGAAUCGUUGGACAGCUCGAUGGAUUUCGAUGCUUCUGGCGAGGGUGACACCACCAAACCACAGGUUAUUAAGAAAGCUAACGAACAGCGGAGGAGUGUACCGGUAGCGAAGCUUUCCAUCCAGCCCGUCAUCAAACGGAAAGAGACGGUAGUAGAGAACGAACCUGCCUACUGCAGCAACUACAUCGAGCCGGGUGAAAUACUAACGUCCGAGGAAGAGUAUGGGGAGAUAGAUUGUGACGACAGUUUGAGCAACACGGUUGUACCGGCCGAACGAGAGAAACCAUCAGCACACAGGCAGGAUAUGCGCCAAACGCAACAUCACAGCCAACAGCGUCCGACGUGUAGCCGCACGGUGGUAAAUGCACAAAGGCUCGAGCAAAAGGGCAAACCCACCUCCCCUCGUCCACCCCGUCCGGAGAAGUUGAAGACUAAAGGCAGCGCGCAGCAACACAGCGGUGCCAUGGUACAUGAUAACAUGUUCAAAACAACGUGCAACAUCUGCGGCAAACGCUUCGAACAUCUCAAAACGUACCAGUACCACAUGCAAGUACACCAACAAAUUGGAAGGUCGUUCAAAUGUAGAGUGUGCUCCAGGGUGUUCAGUCGCUCGAUCGGGUUGGCGGAGCAUAUAAGAAAAUUUCAUCGAAUAGAAAACAGGUUCAACAGGCUGACACCCCAAAAUACCACCAGCUGCAAAGGCGUGCCGCUUCGGACGGUCGCAAACGCUGCCAAAGCGACAGUGACAGGGCCGGCCAAAGAUGCAAUUACGGUUAGCGCAAAAAUGGCCGAAAGAAAGCGAAACGCGAACGACAGUAUUUCGUAGCAUAUUUAGCAUAAUUGGACAGCGCACUGUGAACAGUGUGGCUGUGCUGCAACGGGUUUAGUUGCCGUUGAGAAAGAUCUCUGGUACAAUCACACGUGCUUGCGUGCAUGUACGAUAAAGGACCUUACAUGCGUUUCACUACAAAUUACACUGCAUGUUGUGGGCAGCCGUGCCGA